UACUUCAGAAUCGGCAUCGCCAUCUGCCUGGUAGAGAUGCAGGGCUCCACGAUCCGAGAGGCAAAAGGACGCAGCUUCGAGCUCAUCACCCCCCUCAAGAUCUUCAGCUUUGGUGCGGAGUCUGAGCGGGAGAAGCGGGAGUGGAUGGAGGCCUUGCAGAACUCCAUUGCCGAGACGCUGUACGACUAUGAGGUGGCUGAGAAGAUCUGGUCGAACAAAGCCAACCGCUUCUGCGCCGACUGCCGCGCCCUGAACCCUGACUGGGCCUCCGUCAACCUGUGUGUGGUAAUCUGCAGGCAGUGCGCAGGUCAGCAUCGGAGCCUGGGCUCCAGCAUUUCCAAGGUGCAGAGCCUGAAGCUGGACACCAGCGUCUGGAGCAAUGAGAUGGUGCAGCUAUUCAUUGUGCUGGGGAAUGAGCAGGUGAACAGGUUUUGGGCCGGCCGCCUCCUGCCCUCUGAGGCCUUGUACCCGGACGCCAGCACUGAGCAGAGGCGAGACUUCAUCACCCGCAAAUACCGCUACGGUCACUACCGUUUGCCACAUCCUCAGUACAGCAGCCAGGAACACCUGUUGCAGGCGCUGUGUGCGGCUGUUUCUGGACCUGGGCUGCUGAAGAUGAUGCUGCAGUUCUUUGCCGCCACCACGGAAGGUGAAGUGGGAUGUUACGAGGCUGUUUCGGAGGCUGGGAGAGACCGGCAUCAGAGUGGUCCAAGCAGUCUUGGUGCGGAGGACAUGAGCCCAGAAGGAGUCUACAAUGAGGUCACCCAGCCAGUGGUGCGGUGUGGUUACCUGCACAAGGCCCCUACAGUGACCAGACUUGCAGGUGCCAAGAAGAGCCGAGAGGAAUUUCAGAGGGUGUGGUGCUCCCUGGAGAAGUGUCUCCUGUUCUAUGAGAGUGACAAGAGCUUGGAGCCAAUGGGAAAGGUAGAAAUGGAAGAAGUGAUGUCAUUGGGCGUCAACAGGAUAUAUGCACCGGCCAGUCCUGGCUCCUCAGACAGGCUUCCUUUCACACUGGAUCUGUAUCUGAGCAACGAUCGAGUGCAGCCGUUGGGGGCAGACGGGCCAGACACGCUGCAGUCCUGGGCCAGUGUCAUCAGCAAGUGGUUCACCCCGCUCUGCUGUCACUGCCUGCUGAGCUACGAGUUCCAGAGGGUGGGCAGGCUGAGCUACAAAUCCAUGCUGAAUCCCAGUCGGUGGCUGCAAGGCUUCUUCGUCCUUCAGAAGUCCCACCUCUUCAUCUGCCCCAAGGAAGGGGAGGGAGCCGCCGAGGACAGCAUCAAUUUGCGGCAGCUGCAGGAGCUCACCGUCGUCCCCCUUGCCGAAGAUCCAGAGAAGAAGGAGAUGCUUGUCCUUGUGGAGAUGGGGCGGACCUUUCAUCUCCAAGGGGCCUCCCGGCUGGACUUCUCUGCAUGGUGUGUGGCUAUCCAGGCCUCAGCAGGAGGGCAAGGGAAUGCCCUGCGGGACCAGCAGCUCAGCCGGAGCGGCAUCCCCAUCAUCGUGAACAGCUGCAUCGCCUUCAUCACCCAGUAUGGGUUACGACAUGAAGGAAUUUAUCGGAAGAAUGGAGCCAAAUCCCGCAUCAAGGCGCUGAUGGAGGAGUUCCGACGGGACGCCCGAAAUGUCAAGCUGCGCAUCAGUGACAAUUUCAUUGAGGAUGUUACAGAUGUGCUGAAGAGGUUCUUUCGGGAGCUGGAGGAUCCCGUGUUCACCACGUACCUGCACCCCCAGUGGAAAGAAGCUGCAGAAAUUACUGAGAAGCCCCUGCGGUUGGAGCAAUACAAGAAGCUGAUAAGCCUCUUGCCUCAUGUCAAUCACAGGACUCUGGCUGCUCUGAUUGGCCACCUGUACCGGGUUCAGAAAUGUGCUGACCUCAACCAGAUGAACACCAAGAACCUGGCUCUGCUCUUCGCCCCGAGCCUCUUCCAGACUGACGGCAAAGGGGAACACGAGGUCAGGGUGAUGGAGGACCUGAUUGCCAACUACGUCCACAUCUUCAAUAUCGACGAGGACCAGGUGUCGCAGAUGGACUUGGAGAACAGCUUGAUUACUACCUGGCGGGAUGUGCAGCUCUCCCAGGCUGGCGAUCUCAUCCUCGAGGCUUACCUGGAGCAGAAAAACCCGGACCGUUGCGUGACUCUCAAGGUAUCCCCGGUGAUGACGGCAGAAGAGCUGACCAACCAGGUGCUGGAGAUGCGGAACGUGGCAGCCAGUGUGGACCUUUGGCUGACUUUCGAGGUCUUGGAGAACGGCGAACUAGAGCGGCCCCUGCACCCCAAGGAGAAGGUCCUGGAGCAGGCGCUACAGUGGUGCAAGUUGCCCAAACCUGGCUCUGCCUAUUUGUUAGUGAAGAAGGUGCCCAUCAAGGAAGGCAGCUGCCUCUUUACAGGUGCCAAACGCGAAAGCCCCAAAUGCGGGCUGUUGAAGUGCCGCGAGGAUCCGCCCAGGCUCCUGGGGAGCAAGUUUCAGGAACGCUACUUCGUCAUCAAGGACCGCAAACUGCUGCUGCUGAAGGAGAAACGGAGUGCCAAGCCGGAACGGGAGUGGCUACUGGAUCUGGCCAAGGUGUACAUGGGGAUCCGGAAGAAGCUGAAGCCACCCUCACAGUGGGGUUUCACUCUGAUCCUAGAAAAGCAGCAGCUGUAUUUAGCAUGCACAGGGCCAUCCGAACUGUGGGACUGGACCACCAGCAUCCUGAAAGCCCAGGUAGGUCCUGAGGAGCAACAGCAGUGGCUGCCGAUGCCGCUGCGGAAUGGCAGCCUGUCUGCGGACGAGACACCAGAAGGAGCAA